CACUCUAAACACACCUCCUCCCAAUCCUCCUCCUCCUUCGCCAGAUGGUGCAGUCUUUUUCUUUUGUUUACCCAUCGCCUCAGAGUUUACCUAACAUAGCUUAGCGACAGAACUAUGGGAUGUCUCUGAGCAGCAUCACCGCUGGACACGCACGUGUCUUUUGGCAGAAAGAAGGACUGACACCGUGAUGGGAUCCCUCACAGGGUUGUGUUAAACCUUGAAGUCUUCUUCUCACCUAUGUGCUGCAUUCUGAGCUGCUGCUCAUCUUUUGGAAGCAGGCCAGCUGAGACAGAUGUCGGACAUGCCUCCAACCCAGAGCGUAAAAUGAUCAACUGAAACCAUCCGUUUGAUGGACAAGAAAAGGUUUCCUGGCACAAUGUCCAGGCAAAUGGAUUCGGCGUCCAAGAGACGCCCCUGUGCAGGAAGUGGCUUGAUCUUUCCUCAGCCCUCGCAACUGUCUGCCACUGUCCAGUACGGUUGUAUUCAGGCGGUAGAGGUUGCAAGAGGAAGAACAGGGUAUGGCUUCACACUGACAGGCCAAGGGCCUUGUGUCCUCAGCUGCAUCCUUAAAGGAAGUCCUGCAGACUAUGUGGGACUGCGCUCAGGAGACUGCAUUCUCUCAGUCAAUGACAUCAACGUCUCCAAGGCUUCGCAUGAAGAUGUGGUCAAACUGAUCGGACGCUGCUCUGGGGUUCUGAAGCUUGUCAUUGCUGAGGCAGAGCGCCACAGACGCCACCCUCAGCGCGCUGCUGGAGGUCGACACCACAGCAGCAAUGCUAUGGGGCCGGCUUACCUGGAUUCCUGCUCCAGCGAUGAUGAGCUGGACGUUUUUUACAGCAAUGGUGCAAGCAACAGCAAUAACGGCCGGUCGGGCUGUGGAACUAAAGGAGGCUGGUACAAACCCAGAGUGGAUUCCAAACAGCUUGGCAUCAACAGAGCAGAGAAGGUGGUGGCAGAGCUUCAAUCUGGAGGGAUCUUUAACAUGAUCUUUGAAAACUCCAGCCACUCGUCCAGCAGCUCCGACAAGGACAGACCUGGGGUCAGCCUCUCCUCAAAGCCGCGUCGGCUGUCUGAUCCAGAGUUCCAUCCGUACCGGAACGCCUCCUGUUCCCAGAGCAACCCCAACCUCCUCUCCGAGGAGGAGAUGGCCCAGGUGCUGAAUGAUGACUCCGUCUUCCUGGAGUCCAACUUCCGUCACCUCCACCUUCACCAUCAUGAAGAGCAAGACAUGGAUGUAGGAGAGGGUGCUGACUUUGGUCUGGAGCCCAGUGAGGAAAUCCUCAACGUGGGGAUGAUCGUGGGGUACCUGGGCUCCAUAGAGCUCGCCUCAACAGGCACCAACCUGGAGAACGACAGUCUGCAAGCCAUCAGAGGGAGCAUGAGGCGCCUGAGGGCGGAGCAAAAGAUUCAUUCACUGGUCCUCAUGAAGGUCCUGCAUGACAGCGUGCUCCUGUGCAGCGACAGAGGUCAGGUUCUGGCCACCUAUCCUGCAGAGAAACUAGCCUUUAGCGCCUGCUGUCCCGACGAUCGUCGCUUCUUCGGACUGGUGACCAUGCAAGCCACAGACGACCACAACGGCCGUUACUUCAGCAACGGGCGGGACGAAGAGGGGUGUCUGAGGACCUCGUGCCAUGUGUUCAUUGUGGACCCGGAACUAUGUCAUCACCAGGUCCACAUGGGGGUAGCCAGAAGGUUCGGCUUUGAGUGUACUCCUGAUCCAGACACAGGCGGCUGCCUGGAGUUCCCCCCCAGUUCCCAGCCUCUGCUCCAGUUCGUCUCCGUCCUCUACCGAGAUAUGGGAGAUAAUAUUGAGGGGGUUCGGGCCCGCGCUUUCCACGACCCAGACAACGACGCCCAACAGAACCACAGCACCAGCAGCAACAGCGAUAGCGGAAUCGGAAACUUUUUACCCGAGGAGAAGAGCAACAGAGUUCUUUUGGUCGACCUGGGAGGGCCUCCCAGUCACACCCACAUGUCUGGAGCACGUCACUGGGACAGCCCGCCUUCAUCCCAGCAGGCCUGGAGCCCCAUCCUGGGAGCUGCUGCCUCUCACCCGCCCCCUCCGCCCCCUCCUCCUCCUCCGAUGCUCAGAAAUGGUCACUACCUUCAUGAUGCGCACCUUGCAGAGCUCCCUCACCCUCUCCCUCUGGCUCACCCUGACCUGCCGAGCAGACUCUCACGAGGACUCAACCCGCACCACUACUCAGCGGGGAAGCUGGGAGGAGCCAUGGUGGGAGGAGACAGGAGAGGGGCUGGAGGAGGGGUGGAACCUCAGAGGUGGCUGCCAGUCCAUGUGCUGAGAGACUGGCGUCAGCAACACCACCACCACAGCCACUUCCAGGGUCUGAGCAGCGAUCAGGAGUCCUACGCCGAGUCCACCGACGGAUGGUCCUCAGCCAACUGCAGCACCCUGCCCCCACCUAUGAAUAAGAUCCCUGCCGACCGCUACCGGGCCCCACUGGCCCCAGGGGACCACAUGCAUCCACCUGGGGUCAGUCAGCCUCCUCCUCCUCUUCCCUCACACCCACACAGCAACCGGCUCACCGCCCAGAAAGAUGAGUGGGCUAAGAAGCUGUUCGGAGACCGGGAGCGUAACAGAGCGAGGAAAGCUGAAAGAGAAAAAAAACGAGAGGCAAACUCCAAGGAGGUAGAGAAAAAGGGUGGUCGGUUCCGCGGUUUGACGAUGGGAUUCCCUCCUCUACCCCAGCGCUCUUCAGCCAGACGCUCUUUUGGGCGCUCCAAGCGCCUCAGCAUGGCUCGCUCCCUGGACGACUUGGAGUCUGCUGCAGUCUCUGAUGGAGAGCUGAACAGUGUGGAGCUGCAGGGCUGCAGCAGCGACAACAGUCUGAACAGUAAUGCCAGCCUGCCCAGUGUCCAGAGUCAUCGGCGCCACACUGAGAGGAGAGUGGCCAGUUGGGCCGUCUGCUUUGAGCGGCUGCUGCAGGACCCUGUGGGAGUCCGCUACUUCUCGGAGUUCCUAAAGAAGGAGUUUAGUGAGGAGAACAUUCUGUUCUGGCAGGCCUGCGAGUUCUUCAGCCAUGUUCCUGAGAAUGACAACAAGCAGCUCUCUCAGCGCGCCAGAGAGAUCUACAACAGCUUCCUUUCCAGUAAAGCCACGACACCCGUCAACAUCGACAGCCAAGCCCAGCUUGCUGAUGACAUCCUCAACGCGCCGAAACCCGACAUGUUCAAGGAACAGCAGCUACAGAUCUUCAACCUGAUGAAAUUUGACAGCUACACAAGAUUCCUCAAGUCUCGGCUGUACCAGGAAUGCAUGCUGGCUGAGGUGGAGGGUAGACCGCUGCCUGACCCCUAUCACAUCCCAAGCAGUCCGACGUCAAAGCACAGCACCACCGGCUCCGACCGCUCCAACCUCUCCACCCCCAAGAAGGAGGACAAGAAGACCAAAUCAGGUCGAUCUUUGAAUGAGGACAGUCGGGAGGAUUCAGGAGACAGAAGGAAGGGCAUGUUUUUCUCGUGGUCCAGAAACAGGAGCUUUGGCAAAGGACCGAAGAAACGAGAGCUGGCUGAUUUUAAUUACAGCUCCCUCUCAGAUUUUCCUGGCACCAACGGCCGUCGGGAGUCCCAGGGUUCUCUGUCCUCAGGGGCCAGUCUGGAACUGGGGACGUCAGGUUCAGGGAAGAAUGAGCAAGAUAUUUCCCGUGGUGCAUUAUCAGAACGAGGAGGAAGCAGCGCCCCCUUAAGGCAGUGUAACAUCAGCUUGCCGGACGGCUCUUGUUGCCCGGUGGAGCUUCAGUCUGGCAUGUCCAUCAGAGACCUGCUGCAGGGCCUUUGUGAGAAACUCUGCAUCAACCUGGCAGCCAUAGAUCUCUUCCUAGUAGGCGGAGAGAAGCCUCUUGUUUUGGACCAAGACUCUAUGACCCUGUGCUCCCGUGACCUUAGACUAGAAAAACGAACCCUCUUCAGACUCGACUUGGUGCCCAUCAACCGCUCUGUGGGCCUAAAAGCUAAGCCAACUAAACCAGUGACUGAAGUACUGAGGCCCGUUGUUGCCAAAUAUGGCCUGCACCUCUCUGACUUGGUGGCACGUAUAAGUGGAGAGUCAGAGCCUUUAGAUCUUGGGCUUCCUAUUUCCAACCUGGAUGGUUUGCGAGUGGUAUUAGACACAGAGGAAAACACUUUGGGUAAAGACAAACUAAAAGCAGCUCAGAGUCACCUACCAGCCUCUACAAGCAGGAACCAGUCAGCAACAGGGGACAACAGGCCAUCGAGGAAAGGCGGUUCAGCCCACCCCCAUGGGGAAAAUGUCAAGGCGGGGCCCGGCCCUGACCCAAGCGGCCAGCCCUUACCCAACCACUCUGUCUCUCUGCAUAAGGCUCCGGGGAAAAGAAAGCAGAAAAAGAUUAAUAUAGACGAAGCUAAAGAAUUCUUCGACCUCAUAUCCAAAGCUCAGAGCAACCGAGCCGACGACCAGCGAGGCCUGCUAAACAAGAGUGACCUGCAGCUGCCGGACUUCCUGCGACUGUCACCAAACAACCCGACAGCUCCUCCUUCCUGCAACCCAGAGCCCCUGUGCUCCACCCCAAAUUCCCGUAACACCAGCAACGCCGGCUUCCCCAGCAGCAGCAGCCAACGGGGUAACAAGGGAAAUGGCAACCACAGGGGAAUAAUAGGCAGUGGCUUGCACCUACUGAGUGCCAGCCAUCAGUCGCAGAGCUUGGACUCAGCUCUGUGUGCGGAGUAUGGAGGAAGCAGGAAAGCCAGACCGCACCCUUCGUUUCCUGCUACCGUAUCCCCCAUUCAGACAAACCGAACCACUGCGCAGGGUCUCCCGCCGGGCCCAGAUAGAGGGGAAUCUAUACAAAUGCUGGAGGAGGACACCCUGUCUGACCUUACUCUUGUGGGUGAGGCGGAUAUUAACAGCCCCAGCCUCAACUACAUCACCCCUUCCUCCCUGUCCAGUAAACCCCUUCCCCGACCUCUACCCAAAGCACAGGACGGUCGGCCUAGCUCAGGUACCUUGCCGGUGUGAACUCUUUAAAAUACUGAACAUGCACCCCUCCCUUCACCUGACUGCUAGUGGGCCUAGAGACCCACUAGAGUCAGCCUGAAGUUAACUCUGUGGUCACUGCUCACAUGUGGCAGGAAAUGCAUCUAAAUCUCCUCCUUUCUAUUCUUUGAGCUGAGUUCUAAAAUAUUUUUAUCCUAUUGAGACACUUCACAGAAAUUUAGGAGCUAUUUUCCUAGAUUGGUCUAGAAAAAAAAACACACUAUAGGAAAAGGUUUAGGUUACAACCUAAUACCAUAACAUAGGGAUGAGAUUUCAUUCAGACAGAGAAGAUUAAAUGUAAUAAAGAAAGGUGUGCACUACUCUGCGGCCAGCAAUCUAAUGUAAAUGUGUCAAAAGAAAGAAGAGAGGAAAAAUGGAUGCAUUGAGCAUGGACAAGUUGUGCCCCUGGAGUUUCCUUGUGUUGUGUGUGUAUCUGUGUGGACUUUUCAACGGGCUUGCUGUGGAUUUUCUUUUUGCUUUGAGACAUAAGACUGAGGUUAAGCUUGGUUGCAAACUGGGCCAAAUUCCCUCCUCCAGUCCCUAAAUGUACAGAAUCUUAAUAAUGCACUUUAGCCAAUUGUAAACAAGACUAUUAUUUGUUUUGAAUGUCAUUUUUCCUGUUAGUCUUUACACAUUUACUUGUUAUCUGUGUUUCAUUUUACGUGUGAUAAAACUGCCAUAUGUUUAGAAAUAAGUAAUGGAGUUGCAUCACUAAAGAUAUUGUUGCUGGUUUUCAUUGCCUGUUUUAUCAAAUUCCAAAUUUUGUUUUGAGAGUACUUACUUAAAAUCAACAUUGAAAGCAUCUUUUUGUAGACCUCUUGAAAUGAGCUAUAUUAACAGAACACCAUCUAUGAGACAACGGUCACUGUAAAACAGGAAUUUACCAUCUUUAAAAACAAGAGAUAAACUACUAUGUUUAGCAUUUUAAAUGAGCGGUUAGCAUGGCUAUCAUUACUAAAACCACAGUAUUUGUGUUUGUUUUUUACAAACUGCAGUUCUUCCAGUUAACUCUUCCUCUAAAAUAACAUGUAUGAUAAGAUUAAAUAGUAAAACAGAGCAACUUUGCAGGACCCUGUUUAGCCUUCCUGUUAUCUUCUGAAAACUCCCCCCUUUCUAUUUUGAAUUUACAGACAUUUCUUGUCAUGUCUUAGAAAAUGGUUGCUUGUCAGAUAGUUUCUUUCAUUUAUAUGAGUAUUUUAAGGCACCUCACUGAUAGUGACAAUGUUUGACUCAGUAACAACUUCCACAUUGAAGAGCGUUAUCACAGGAUAAUGUGUGGGUUUAAUGUAUUCGCUCAUAGAAACAAGGCCAGAUUUUUGAUAUUCAGACCAGCCAUGAUCUGAAAUCUCUAAUAAUAUACUAGUUUUAAAGCAAGGAUAGGUUACACAACCUUAACACACAUUCUUUUUGUAAAAUUCGUUCCCAUCAUUGUUCUCUUACCUCAGGCCUUUUCGACUGUGUUACAAGUGCUUAUGCGUGUAAUCCUGCUCCUUGAUCAAGUGAUCUUAAACAAUGUGCACUGACUGUAAAAAUCAGCUCUUUAUUAUCAUUAUUCUAUCAUCUCUGUUUCAGAUCCUGCAGGCUUCUAUCUUGACACAGUUCUCAUGAGUCUUUACUGUAUGAAUCCACUAAUUUAUGUAUCAUGUUGUUUUCAUUGUUACCACCAGUUAAAAGUAUUAAUUUGUACAUAGUUCCCCAUCUGACUCCUGUAGUCGUUGUUAAGAGAUAUUUCAGCCAUGCUGUCUAAUUAGAAAAUCAUUUCAGCUGAGUUUACUCUGCUAUCUGUAAAUAGUUCAAAUAAAUGUUUUCCAUGUUUUA